AUGUAUUCUAAACAGGUUCAUUUUACAUUACCAAAAUGGGGUGGUCAAAUAUCAUCCGAUGGUCAAUAUGGUUUAUAUGCUCCAACACGUGGUGGUCUUGAAAUAUUUGAUUUUCGAAAUGGAAAAGUAGUUCGAACAUUAAUUGGCAAAGUAGCUGAAGGUGUAUUUGAUGUAAUGGCAUUUUUUACUCCGACAAAUGAACAUGUUAUAUAUUAUCAUAAAGGUAAACGAACAAUACGUGUAUUUCGUACAGAAGAUGGUCGCCAAUUAGCUGAUAUAAAAUGUCCAACUAAAGUUCGACAAGCAACAGCAACAAAUGAUGGCCGGGUAUUAGUCGUUGGAUAUGAAGAUGGAGCCAUUCAAGCCUUUUUAAUUGUUGAUCAUACCGAUGAAUCACAUAUUGAUUAUUUACGAAGUUGGAGAAAAUUUCAACAUCAAUCAAUAGAAGGAUCUGAACGACAAGAGAACACUGAAAAACAAGCUGAAUGA